AAAGUUGCACGUGUAGACAUGAAGAAUGAAGAUUUUCUGCUGGAUGAAGUUGAGGUAAAUGAAAGACAGGAGGGCUUUCAAGAGAUUUGGGACAUUUUGAGGAAAAGGGAAGCUUUAUGGAGGCAGAAGUCAAGGAGUAACUGGGUAAAAUUGGGGGAUGCAAAUACCAGGUUCUUCCAUAAAAUUGCAAAUGGGCGAAAGGCUUGUAAUGGCAUUGUAGGGUUCUCGUGUGAUGGACAAUGGGUCGAGGAGCCAGAAAUGGUAAAAAAGGCGGCUGUUGAUUACUUUCAAAAGUUGUUUAGUGGAGAAUCAUGGAAUCGUCCAAAACCAUCUGGUAUUGCUUUCAAACAGAUAUCUGAGGAGACGAGGGUAUGGCUAGAAAGACCAUUUUCGGCAGAAGAAAUCGAGGACGGAUUGAAGAAUUGUGAGGGGAGUAAAGCACCAGGACCGGAUGGAUACAACUUUAAUUUUAUCAAAUUUGCCUGGAAUAGCUUGAAGGAGGAUUUUGUAAGUUUCUUUGGGGAGUUCCAUAAGCAUGGCAGGCUUAAGGUGGUAAUGUCACAGAUUAUUAGUGAUACUCAAUCUGCUUUUGUUGGGGGGCGUCAGUUGGUUGAUGGGGUGUUAGUCUUGAACGAAGUUGUGGAGGAGGUCAAGAGACGCAAGCACCAAGCUUUUAUUUUUAAGGCAGAUUUUGAAAAGGCAUAUGACUGUGUUGACUGGUCUUUUCUGGAUUGGAUGAUGAACAGAUUUGGGUUUGGAGUGCGAUGGAGAGGAUGGAUAACAGAGUGCCUUUCAACAGCUAGAAUCUCAGUAUUAGUGAAUGGAAGCCCAACCGAGGAGUUUAUGAUGGGUAAAGGAUUAAGGCAAGGGGAUCCUCUAUCCCCUUUUCUGUUUUUGAUGAUUGCCGAGGGGUUACAUGGUCUAGUUAAAAAAGCUGAGUCCGAGGGCCUGUUACAUGGAAUCGAAGUGGGUAGCAAGGGAUUGAAUAUUUCACUGCUCCAAUUCGCAGAUGAUACGGUGAUUUUGGGAAAAGCAACUGGAGAGAAUAUUUUUACGGUGAAGACCAUUUUAAGGUGGUUUGAGUUGAUGUCUGGUUUGCGAAUUAAUUUUCGUAAAAGUAGUAUUGUCGGAUUUAAUGUGGUGCAGAGGUGGUUAUAUGGAGCAGCAUCUGUUUUGAGAUGUGGUGUAGGGGCGAUACCUUUUGUAUAUUUGGGAAUGCCAGUGGGUGGCAAUCCUGGGACUAAGAAGUUGUGGGAACCAGUGGUGAAUAAAUUUCGAACCAAGCUUGCCGUCUGGAAAUCUGCUUUGCUGUCCUUUGGCGGUCGCAUCACUCUGCUUAAUUCGAGGGACUUUCUGUGGGGUGGGGCAGAAUUAAAGAGGAAGAUUCCUUGGGUUAGCUGGGAGGUGGUAUGUCGUAGUAAGGAGAAGGGUGGGUUAGGAGUAAUGGAUUUGAGGAGGAGGAAUUGGGCACUUUUAGGGAAGUGGUGGUUUAAGUUGGGUGAGGGUGGUGAGAGCUUAUGGAAACGGGUUGUGUGGGAUAAAUAUUAUGGGGGUCGGAGGGAGAUGGACAUUAGGGCAGUGGAGAGUGUGAGGAUGUCUAGGAUUUGGAGGGAUGUUAUUAGUGUCGGGGGGAACUCUAUCAAAUUACAAGACAUGUUAGGGAAGGGGUUUAGGUGGAUGGUGGGUGAUGGAAGGCAAGUAGGUUUUUGGCGUGAGCUUUGGGUGGGGGAUAAAUCUCUAAAGGAGUUAUGUCCUAGGUUAUUUGAACUAGCUAUGAAUAAGAGCGGUAUGGUUUGUGAAAUGGGGGUGUGGGACAGGGGUUUAUGGAGAUGGAAUGUUGACUGGAGAAGAGGGAGGUUGGGUCGAGAGAGAGGGGAGGAGGCGGUGCUGUGGGAGGUGCUAAGCAGAGUACAAAUCACGGAAGGCCGCAAAGAUUGCUGGACGUGGAGGCAUGAUGCAGAAGGGAGAUACGCGGUUAAGACGGCCUAUGAGUUUCUGUCACCUAUGGAGUCCAUCCUUCCGGAUCACAUUUGUGAUGUCCUGGUGGGGGCUGCAGGUUGUGAUGCCCAACACAGUGGGAGGGGUGAUGGAGCUUUUCUUGUAUGAGUUGGGGGGUAUGGUAGGGAGAGAGCUAGGGGCGUGUCUUUUCCUGGUUGGGUCUUGGUAUAUUUGGUAUUGGAGGAACAUGAGAGUUUUCCAGAAUAAAGGGGAGUGUCGGGA